AGUUUACGGAAGACAGCAAGUGGUGGAAGUGUACGCAGUUUCAUGGAUAAGAGUGGGAUAAUUUGUCGAUCUACGUAGAUAUCACGCUUGAAUUUCGGGAUUAAUUGAUAGAGAAAGGUCACAAAAUGCCUUUAUUUGGCCAAAACCCAUUCGACCAAGAUGUGGAGAAAGCAACCAAUGAAACCAACACGACAGAGGACUGGGGUCUUAUUAUGGAAAUCUGUGACCAGGUCGGGACAACCCCAAAUGGGGCAAAGGAUUGUCUCAGGUCAAUCAUGAAGCGAGUCAACCACAAAGUCCCUCAUGUUGCCAUGCAAGCGUUAACGUUACUAGGUGCCUGCGUCUCAAACAGUGGGAAAAUCUUUCAUCUUGAAAUCUGUUCGCGAGAGUUUGCCAGUGAAGUUCAGGGUGUGUUGAACAAGGCUCACCCAAAGGUUAGCGAGAAACUGAAGGCCUUGAUGGUGGAUUGGGCCGAAAACUUCCAGAAAGAUCCACAACUGAGCCUUAUCAGUGCCACCAUCAAAUCCCUCAAAGAUGAGGGAAUUACCUUUCCUGCUCCAAACACCCAGAGCUCCAGCACAAAGCCCAACAGCACUCCUGCCGCUAGCAGACCAGCUGAUGAUGAUGAUCUGGCCAAAGCCAUUGAGCUGUCCUUACAGGAGCAGAAGCAGCAGGUGGAGAUACGACCCCUCACCAUGAUCGCUGAUCCACCCUACAACACCAAUGAAGUGAAAGAGUCCCGCAAGGUACGCGCCCUCUACGAUUUUGAGGCGGCUGAAGAUAAUGAGCUCACCUUUAAGGCUGGAGAGCUUGUGCUGCUCCUGGAUGACAGUGAUCCAAACUGGUGGAAAGGAGAGAACCAUCGAGGAGUUGGGCUUUUCCCAUCAAACUUUGUCACCACCAACCUAAAUGCUGAACCGGAGCCUGAAAUGUAUGUGGAGAAGACAAUAGUUCCUGAGGAGCCCAGCGUUGAAGUCAAAGCUGAACCUGAGCCCGUCUAUAUAGAUGAGGAGAAGAUGGACAGAGCUCUGUAUCUGCUCCAGAACACAGACCCUGCAGAUGCUUCACCUGAUGGCCCAGAAUUGGUCACAUUAGAAGAUGCUUGUGAAAAGAUGAACCCAAUGAUUGAUGAGAAAUUACAAGAGAUUGACAGGAAGCAUUCAGAGUUAUCAGAGCUGAAUGUGAAGUUGUUGGAAGCUCUGGAACUGUAUAACCAGUUAAUGAAUGAGGCUCCAAUGUACGCGCCAUACUCUAAAAUGCAGUCUCUCCAAGGCACUUACCCAGCAGCCUCUCCACCUCUCAGUGUGCAGGGUUAUCAACCACCCGGAGCCUACAUGUCCUCUGGUCUUCCACAGGGCUAUAGUCUAAGUGCGGACCAAGCUGGAACUCUCUCUUCCCUCCCUCCUACAGUCAAUUCAGCAACCACCAGCCAGCAGCCUCCCUACAUCAGUGGCCAUAUGAAUGCACAGUACAUGAACCAAGCACCUGGAGGCCCCGCCCCUUAUCCAGCACAGAUGGGUGUGGCUAUGGACAUGUCUGCCUAUCAAAACACAAAUCCUGGUCUGCCUCCAACCUCAUAUCAAAUGACAAACCCGGCCCAACCUGUCCCUCAGCAGCAACAAGCAACCUUCUACCAGCAACCCCUUCUGACAGAGAUGUAAUCCACUUGAAAGGAAGCAAGCACUUCAUUUUCUCUCCCAAAAUGAAUUCCCCAUUCCUAUUAUCCCCAUGAAGUAGUUUUGAGGAAUGUUUUUGGAAUGCAUCACACUAACCCAUUACAUAAUUUUUGUCAUCUCCUAAUAAUCACCAGCAUAUUCUUUAUAUUUCUGAUUCUGAAAUGCAAUGGUAAAUACAGAUGGUAAAAUGCAAAAAGAGAGAAUUAAUUUGUAAUGGAACCAAGCAUUACAGAGAGGAAAUUAUAAUUCCAUGGAUCUCCAAAUCUGCAAUUAAUUUAUGUGCCAAGACUCCUGCAAUCAGAAUGGCAGAACUAUGGGACCGAUUUAGGGGGGCAGCAUUAAACUGCAGUUUAAAGCCAUUGCCAUUGGCUAGAGACUUUCAAGUAAUGUUCUUAAAUUCCUUCGCAGGCUUUGCUUUUGAUUUCUAUGAACCGAAAGUCCUCACAGAUGCAAUUCAUUUAUGGUCUAUCCAUAUGUUUCACUGUAUAAUGAUAUUUGUAAUAUGCAAGUACCGCUUGUGUUUGCAUUGUGGGAGUUUGCAGUGGUUUGACUUAAUGUAAGCUACAAUAUCAUUUUCAUCUGGUCUAUGAUUGAUUUCCUCAGCUGGAAAUGAUGAAUUUGUAGUUGUUUACUUAUGUAUAUGGGGGAAAAAAAAGUACUUUUCUGACAAUUCCUAAUUGAAAUUGAUAAUCCCUUUAAAAUAUAGACAAAAUUUCACAUUCUUGUUAAGGUGGAAUUAUGUAGUAAAGUAUAGAUGAGAAUUGUCUUUGUUAUUUUCUUAAACUGCUUGAUAAAAGAUGUAGUAAAUUUAGAUGUUAAAUAUCUGGCUUUGUCUGUAUUGCACCUUAACUUUAUAAACAUUUAUUUACCACCAGAUGCCUUGUUCUUUCGAGAGACGGAAUAAAAGUAGAAACCAA